UCGGAGUCAAGUGGUGCAUUCAGUUUUCCACUGUCACUGCUGCGGUGCAGUUGUGUUGUGUAUCCAGUCGAUUGCAGAAAAUCAAUAAAUAAAAUGCAUCCCACCUCGAGAAGAUCCUUAUCCUGGCACAUCCUGCUUGCACUGUGUCUGUGUCUCUUCCUCAAAUCCCACUUACUCCACAGUCAAGCCACCGAAGACACGAACCCCCUGAUGGCAGGCCGCGCACAAUCGGCGAACAGUGUGUCAUACUUUAGGGCGUCGAUUCCAAUGCGGAUCUACGAAUGUCUCCGCGAGUUCCCCAUGCUGCACUGCACCAAGUUGUACGUGCUCCAGAAGAUGGAGGAGCGCCGCCAAAUGCCCAACACCGGCAACCUGACCCGCGAUUUCGUAGACCAGUUCUUCGGCGAGGAGACCCAGAUGGGCAGCCUGGUCAGCCAAAAGUACCAGCACAUGUCCGAGAAGGAUCUCAAUCAGAGGCUGGUGGUCAAUUUCCAGCGAUUCUUCAAGCAUCGCGACCUCAAGCUGCACUUCCUUCAAGGGAUGCUCGUCAAGAUAGUGCCCAGCAAGGACAACAAGUUGAAGUUUUCGAUAAAAAAAACUCCCAAAUCCAGGAUGGGCAGAGCCCGCCGCCGUGACACUGAGGAAUCGGAGCUUAACCUUUUGAAUCUGCCCUCAAUCGGAGGUGGUGGUGCCACCAGCAGCAGCGUCGAGAACUACGAACCAGAGGCGGAGGGCGACUCCAAGCAGCAGGGCAUUUUGGGUGGCGUUGGGGGCGUGCCGGGAGGAGAUGGUGGGGGCGGUGGGCAUCUGGGAAAGCGGAAGAAGAAGAACUCGUAUAAGGUAACAAUGAUGCAGGUGGCCGUGCCCAUGUUGAUUUUUCCGGUGGUGCUGCUGGGCAGCCUCCUGCCCUUCAUCCUGCCCGCGCUCAAAAUGGCCACAAUCCUGUCGCUGGUGAUGAAUAACGGUGCCUUCAUGGCCGCCCUCCUGUAUGCCGCCCGCACCCAGUUCAACACCCACGAGGAGCAGCACAUCAGCUACAGUUAGCUCACCUUUUGACAUAAAUCCUUUCCUGCCCUUUUUCCAAUAAAGGCUGUCCUUGCAUUGUGGUUUCUAUUUUCCAA